UUCAAGGAUUCUAGUCGUGUGAGACUUGUCGAUCCGUUCCUCGUCCAAACGGUGAUCAAUCCGUUACGUCAAGCCAUGGACGCCCUCGCUUCGCGGCGAAUUUGCCUCGCAUUCUCAACGAACCGCCAUUGUCGGCUUGCUCCGGCUGGCGCCUCGCGAUGCGCGCUCAAGUGUCCUCUGCCGGCUGACAUUCAGCAGCAGCGUCUCCGAGUCGCACGAGUCGUACGGCGGCGGUCGGUCGCAACGCGCGCCGAAGCGGCCGACCCGCGAAUGUCGACCGUCGCUCCGAGGACGGUCCCUCCGUCGGAUCGCAUCACCCUUCCACCAGUCGAGCAGGCGGAGGACAGUCUUGACAUCUGCCGCGUGGUGAACGGCAUGUGGCAGAGCAGCAGCGGAGCGUGGGGCAGUGCCGCGCCUGACGCUGUUGUGGAUGCCAUGCUGCAACACGUGGAUGCUGGCCUCACCACCUUCGACAUGGCUGAUAUAUACGGCCCUGCAGAGAGCUACUACGGCGCACUGAUCGACAGACUGAGGAGGGAGAGAGGCGAGGAGGCCGCGUUUGGAGUGCAAGGUCUCACCAAGCUCGUGCCAAGGCCCGAUCGCAUGACUCGAGAUGUGGUGGAAGUGGCUAUCAACCGCUCCCGCACGCGCAUGCAAGUCAAGACCAUCGACCUGCUGCAGUUCCACUGGUGGGAUUACAACAAUCCUGGCUACCUGGACGCGUUGAAGCACCUCACAGACCUCAAAGAGGAGGGGAAGAUCAAGGCGAUCGGCCUCACUAAUUUCGACACGAAGCGGCUGCAAGUGAUUCUGGAGAACGGCAUUCCCAUCGUCAGUAACCAGGUUCAGCACAGUUUGGUGGACAUGCGGCCACAGCAGCAGAUGGCUCAGCUCUGUGCUCUUACAGGGGUGCAGCUUAUAACCUACGGCACUGUAAUGGGCGGGCUUCUAUCGGAGAAGUACCUGCACGCCAAGGAGCCCAACAGCAUGUUUGGCCCCCGCCUUUCUACACCGUCCCUCAACAAAUACAAGCAGAUGGUGGACGCGUGGGGCGGCUGGGCGCUCUUCCAGGAGCUCCUGAGGGAGUGUGAGACGGUCGCAAAGAAGCACGGGGUUACCAUCUCUGCAGUGGCCGUGCGCUCCAUUCUCGACCAGCCGUCAGUUGCGGCAUCAAUGAUCGGUGUACGGCUGGGAUUGCAGCAACACAUCGCUGAUAACAAGAAGAUAUUUGAUCUUCAAUUGGAUGAGGAGGACCAGGCUCGGAUCGCCAGCGUUACCAGCAGAGGUCGCGACCUCAUUACUCUGAUUGGCGACUGUGGGGAUGAGUACAGAUAGGGGAGUGUCUUGUUGCUCCUUGAAUAAAACCACAAGGGGAUCGCCAGCGUUACCAGCAGAGGCCGUGACCUCAUAUCCCUGAUUGGUGACUGUGGGGAUGAGUACCGAUAGGAAAGUCUUAAAGCCUGUGGCUAUAAUAGCGAUCAAGAGAGCUGUUUAAUUUCCUCUUGAACUUGGCACAUGACCUGAUUUUUAGAGUAAACGAAACAGAAAAAAAACAUUACUCUCAAUAGAAGCACCGGUAUUAC